UCGUCUGUUUCUGCAAUUCUACGAUGAGUGUGGAGGAGGAGAGCCUGAGCAGAGGAGUGGUCGAAGUUGAAGAAACUAAUAAGUCCACCACUCCAAUGGCGGAAGCGGAAGAGACCCAGCAGCAACAACUACAGAAUACGCGUCUGAAGCUGGAGAAGACGCACAUCUCAUUUAGCAUUUGGCCCCCGACGCAGCACACAAGGGAAGCCGUCAUCAAACGCCUCGUCGAAACCCUAUCGACAAAUUCCAUCCUCUCCAAGCGCUAUGGUUCCAUGCCAGCAGACGAUGCCUCUUCCGCCGCCCACAAAAUCGAAGAAGAAGCCUUCUCCGUCGCUUCCGCUACCGCCGCUUCCAGCACCGCCGAAGACGACGGCAUCGAUAUUCUUCAGCUCUACUCCAGGGAGAUCAGCAAGAGGAUGCUCGAAACCGUUAAAUCCAGAGCUGCCUCGGCAUCCCCAGCUGAUAAUUCGUCGCCGGUUUCUGUUGCCGCUGAUUCCCCUGUCACUCCUUCAGCCAGUGAGGAAAUCUCAUCUGCUCAAACUGAUAGUUGAAUUUGAGUUUUGAUUUUCGUUUUAGGGUUUAAUGUUGAACUCUUCGUAUGUUGAAAUGCAUCUGUGUUUGUCAUGGAUCGCUACUUAUACUAUAUUGGUUGCCUUGUGGAAUGCAAUUUAUAGGACUUUUCGUUUAGAGUGGUUCUUAUUGAAUGCGGUUGUUUUUGAAUUUUAUGGAAAUAUCUCCUUUCUUGUCCUU